AGUGUGGGUGUUCUUGGCGGGGAUAUUUUAUAUAGCUCUAUAUCAGCAGCAUAUAGCAAAACCAUCACCAUGCUUGCAUCCAGAAUUGCUGGCAGCUUUCGAACCCAGCCUAUGAGACAGAAACUUGUCUCUCCGCUGGUGACCUCGGCAAAAAACCUCAGCACAGAGCACACGUUCGAAACCAAGCCGUCCUUGAUGCACCGCGCCGAGACGGAGCCGUCUGCGACUGUGUCGCUGACGCGUGACGAUGCGCUCAAGCUGUACCGGCGCAUGCAGACGAUCCGACGCAUGGAGACGGCCGCCGGCAACCUGUACAAGGAGAAGGCAAUCCGCGGCUUCUGCCACCUCUACUCGGGACAGGAGGCCAACUGUGUGGGCAUGAAGGCGGCCUUGAUCGAGGGCGACUCUGUCAUCACGGCGUACCGCUGCCACGGCUGGACCUACGAGAUGGGCGCCGCGCCAAAGGAGGUGCUGGCCGAGCUGACGGGAAAAGUGUCUGGCUGUGCGCGUGGCAAGGGCGGCUCCAUGCACAUGUACGCGCCCAACUUUUACGGAGGAAACGGCAUCGUGGGUGCACAGUGCCCGAUGGGAGCCGGUAUCGCUCUGGCGCACAAGUACAACAAAACUGGCAACGUGUGCCUGACACUGUACGGAGACGGAGCCGCCAAUCAGGGCCAACUGUUCGAGGCUAUGAACAUGGCUGCGCUCUGGGACCUGCCAGUCAUCUUCGUCUGCGAGAACAACCACUACGGCAUGGGCACGGCCGUGUCUCGCAGCUCGCACAACACCGACUACUACACGCGCGGCGACCUCAUCCAGGGCAUCAAGGUGGAUGGUAUGGACGUGCUGGCCGUCAGGGAGGCCACCCGCUGGGCCGCAGAGCAGUGCCGAAACGGAAACGGACCCGUCGUCAUGGAAACGGAGACUUACAGGUACUCUGGCCACUCGAUGUCGGACCCGGGCACCUCGUACCGGACCCGCGCCGAGAUCCAGGAGGUGCGUCAGAACCGCGACCCCAUCACCUCGUUCCGCGACAAGAUCCUCGGCGCCGAUCUCGUCACUGCCGACGAGCUCAAGGAGAUGGACACCGAGAUCCGGAAAGAGAUCGACGACGCCGUGCACGCGGCCAAGACCGACCCAGAGAUCGGCAUGGAGCACCUGUCCUACGACAUCUACAGCGACGACCUGGGUCACAACAUGGUGCGCGGCGUCUCGCCGUUCGUUCAGCUGCCGCACAAGGUCACCGGCCAGGCCGUCAACCGGAAGUGAGCACUUCCGAUGGUAUAAUUAGGCGACGUAUUGAGCGGAAGGAAGCGACUGCCACGAAAGUUUUGACGUUUUAUCUGAAUGGAUCAUGUGCGUUUUGGUGUCGGUGGAUCUGUGUUUGCUUUGAGCCAUGUAUGAGAGCGAGGCGACUGCGGGACGCCUGAGGCCUCUUGCACCAAAAUACCUAGCUAGGUAGAAUCGGCAAAAUACCUACCUAGUAAAACUACCUACGGCGGUAACUUCUCUUGCACCAUCCUACCUACCUAUGACC